UUAAUAGUAGUAUAUAGCAAGCAAAAUCAAUUGGGGUGUACAUUAAAUGCAGUAAACAGAAACAAUUGAUAGCGUCUAUCUUUUUCUUCUUUGGAAAUGCAAGUUAUUACACCUUGGGAUUGAAAUUAGACAAAUUGCUGAUUUAAAAGAAAAAUGCAAAGUACACCAUGAAUUGUUGAGUCCAAAUCAGUGUAUUGUAUGAGAUUGAUCACUGCGUUAUCUUCACCUUGCAUUGUACAGAAAAUGAACUCUAGUUCUUAUGUUAAAUUUUUAUAUCAAGUUUUGAAGGAAAAGGAGUUCAUAGCCCCACAACUCAAAAGAGAUCACCACGUCUAUGAUGUGACACUCAAAUAAUGGGGAUACCAUCAUUAAUGAUCCUUUGUGCAUCUUUAGUUUCGUUUUCUUUACCGCAGAAUUCAGUUGUACCUCGCCAGUGUGUGAUUAUACAGGACAGACAAAAGUUAUCCUUGCCACGAGUUGUUCCAAGUUUCCUGAUAACGAAAGACAAUCGGAUAUGUCACACAUCAGAUAGACAAGCAUUACAAUGUGGUAACACGGACGUCUUCAUCAAGCCUGAGUGUGUAUGUUCAUUUUAUAAUGUGCACGAGGCAAAGUAUCAUCCUCACACAGCUUGCCCGAGAGGACAAACUUCAGACCACGUAAUAAAGUUAAAAUGUCCUGAUUGUAAAAGGUACAGCUUAGAUAACAAAGGACCAUGCAUCAACGGUGGGAAUUUGACCUGUAGAGGCGAAGAAGUGGCACCAGCGAGUGCAUGUGAUUGUCCCAGGGGGUUUUCAGGCAUGUUUUGUGAAACUCAGAUGAUAAAGGUGGUGAGGAUUUGUGAUAGGACUGAAGGUUCGUCCCAUCCUUAUCUGAACAAUUGUGACAUCACAAAAAGAGAAUGUCUUACUUACAGCGAAAACAAACGAUAUGUUUUCAAAUGUAGCGAAUAUUGGACAAGUGAAAAGAAACAAGUUGUACCUCGCCAGUGUAUGAUUAUACAGGACAAACAAAAGUCAUCCUUUCCACGAGUUGUCCCAAGUUUCCUGACAACGGAAGACAAAAGGAUAUGUCACACGUCAGAUAGACAAGCAUUACAAUGUGGUAACACGGACGUCUUCAUCAACCCUAAAUGUGUGUGUUCCUUUUACAAUGUGUACGAGGAAAAAUAUCAUUCUCACACAGCUUGCUCAAGUGGACAACCUGCGGACCACGUUAUAAAGUUAAGAUGUCCCGAUUGUAAAAGGUACAGCUUAGAUAACAAAGGACCAUGCAUCAACGGUGGGAAUUUGACCUGUAGAGGCGAGGAAGUGGCACCAAUGAUUACAUGUGAUUGUCCUAGUGGGUUUUCAGGCAUGUUUUGUGAAAAUCAGAUGAUAAAGGUGGUGAGGAUUUGUGAUAGGACUGAAGGUUCGUCCCAUCCUUAUCUGAACAAUUGUGACAUCACGAAAAAAGAAUGUCUUACUUACAGCAAAAACAACCGAUAUGUUUUCAAAUGUAACGAAACUCUGAGAAAAGAAGAAAAAGAAAAACAAGGAAAUCUGCCUCUCUGCAGUGAAGUGGAGAUGGAAAUCGAGAUAGGCAGUAGAACAACAAAGGGUCCCCAGAGGGUAAACAACACCAGUGAUCGGAAUAAAGCGUCGCUUCUACCAAGAGAUGAAAGAGAUACUUCCGGUGUGAUACUGAGUAUAUCAUCCGGUCUAGUUUUUAAAAGUUUGCUGUAAUUUUCGGGGUAUUUGAAAGUCACUUAGGUGUUACUUUAAUAUUGGAGAAAUUGAAUUGAUUGAAAAUGUGUACGUAGGACUUUAAAAAGAACAACACUGAAAAAAAUCAACUUUAAAAUCCAAUGUUCUAUUGGGGGGUGGGGGAUUAUUUUCAUUAGAUUGAGAAAUUCCAUUAAUACAAGACUACAUUUACUAUAUAUAAACUAUACGUCUAUGAAAAGUCGAAGAAACAUAUGCAAUUUGGAAACUCCUAUAUGUAUAUGGUUAUUAUGUAUUUGUUAUAUAAAAUCUAAAACUACGUAUGUCGAUACCCUAUUAUGUAAAAUGCUAAUCCAGUCCUUGCAAUAAUUAUGGUUACUUAUGCACAGACGCAUGAUGGGAAAAAAUUUUCAGACGGCUAAGAUCUACUGCAUUACAAGGAUCACUCAGAUUUACGAAGUCCAUUGCAGACACGUGAUUUCAAUAUUUUGCUCAUUUUCAAUUGUGCGAAAUACUGACUUCAAAGGUAAAAUUAAUGUCAUUCCUGAAUUGGAAAAGUUAUGGCUAUUACAGUUCUAAACCUGAAGAACAUGAAAGCAAUUUUAAAAAUUGUAGAUAUAUUCAGAAUAAAACACAAAUGCAUAUUCAAA